GCUUCCUUCACGGCGCACCUGAAGAGCUAGGUGUGCUCGUCGAGGCUGGAGUCGAUUUUCUAAGUUUUAAGCCGAGGAACAAAGCUUUAACUCGCGAAUAAUGGAGCCUUAUGACGUGAUCGUUAAUCAGCCAGUCGUAAUUGACAACGGCUCAGGUGUCAUUAAAGCGGGAUUUGCGGGAGACCAGAUACCGAAAUGCAGAUUUCCAAAUUAUAUCGGCAGGCCGAAACAUGUCCGUGUUAUGGCGGGAGCCCUGGAAGGGGAUUUAUUCGUUGGACCGAUAGCGGAGGAACACAGAGGCCUUCUUUCGCUUCGCUAUCCCAUGGAGCAUGGAAUCGUCACGGAUUGGAAUGACAUGGAACGGAUCUGGUCAUACGUUUACAGCAAGCAUCAAUUAGCUACAUUUAGCGAGGAGCAUCCGGUGUUGCUAACGGAGGCUCCGCUUAAUCCUAGGAAAAAUCGCGAGAAAGCUGCGGAAAUAUUCUUCGAGACCUUCAACGUCCCGGCUUUAUUUGUGUCCAUGCAGGCUGUACUUAGUUUAUAUGCAACAGGAAGGACUACCGGUGUUGUUUUGGAUGCUGGAGACGGCGUCACUCAUGCUGUACCUAUUUACGAAGGCUUUGCAAUGCCUCACAGUAUUAUGAGGGUAGACAUAGCUGGUCGUGACGUUACGAGGUAUCUCAGGCUGUUGCUGCGCAAGGAAGGCAUUAAUUUCAAGACCACCGCAGAGUUUGAAAUCGUCAGGACGAUAAAGGAACGGACGUGUUAUCUUCCGAGUAAUCCUCAGAAAGAGGAGAAUAUCGAGCUAGAGAAAUUCUCGUACAUUUUGCCCGAUGGAAGUCACCUCGAGAUCGGUCCUGCACGAUUCAGAGCACCCGAAGUGCUUUUUAGACCUGACUUGAUUGGCGAGGAGUGCGAAGGGCUUCACGAAGUAUUAAUGUAUUCCAUUCAAAAGUCUGACUUGGAUCUGAGAAAGGUAUUGUUUCAAAAUAUUGUGCUCUCUGGUGGGUCGACAUUGUUCAGAGGUUUUGGAGAUCGGUUACUUUCGGAGAUUCGAAAGAUGGCUCCAAAAGACAUCAAAAUUAGGAUAUCGGCUCCUCAAGAACGUUUGUACAGUACCUGGAUCGGAGGGUCUAUUUUGGCUUCUCUGGACACGUUUAAGAAGAUGUGGGUGAGCAAACGCGAAUACGACGAGGAGAGUACUAGGGCAAUACAUCGUAAGACAUUCUGAGCCUAAGUUCAAAGAUCUAAUAUAAACUAUAUAUAUAAAUUAUAUAUAUAUAUAUAGGAUAUUUCUAAACUGGACACAAAUAACGCGCUCGGCACAACACUCGCACGAACUGCAUUAAUCGUACAUUUACAAUGCUUUCGUCACGCCAGGACUUUAUUGCUUACAUUAAUUAAUGAGACUGUCGAAAUUCCAGACGUACUAAAAGGUUUAAUCCGAAGAAUAUCGUGAAUUCCUGCAUUCUUUGCAUUCUGUAUAAUUUAUUACUCUGUAAGGAGUCGAUUUCAUUUCUUUUUUUUACUUUUCUAAUAGAGCUGUAUAGUGUUCGAGACAAUCGGAGUGUUGUUCGGCACUUGAUGAGGUUAUGUCUGGUAAUUGUAUCUCUUUCGAUUGCAUGUCAUUCUAAAGAUCAUUUAAUAUAAGGAGCUCAGUGAGUUUGUCAGGAAUACUGGUGGUUUUGCAGAAGUAUUUGUAAAUAUGUACGCUUUGAUACAAUAAAUUUGUAAAAUCUUUGAACGGUGCAUCAUUGCGUGAGUAUAUAAAGUAGGGUUAUCCGAGGAUAUUUGCGUUUAUUGUUUGAACGAUGUUUCGUGUAGACUCGUGAGGCACAACUGGAGUGUUUAGGGGAAGAAGAUCUUUGUCUUAUUUUACACCUUUUCUUUGACUGUGAUAAACAGCUAGCACCAUGUAGGUCUUGACGAAUCUUCAUUGCGUCUUCACUCAUUCAGAAAACCAAAAUACAAGCUAUGCGUUGUAGGUUAUAACAUUAGGAUAAGAGAAUAAAAGUCAUAAUGUUUAUUUAAAGGUGAUGUUUAUGCGUGGUUCAUUGUCCUUAUAAUAUUUACGUUUAUACAGAAAAUAAAGGGACGGCGUUUAUAUGUA